GUAUAUAAGGGGACGAAACACCUCUUGAAAGACAUACCUUCAAGCUCAUCAACAAAAACGCGGGGUAAUAUGAAGUGUGUGUGUCUCCUGGUCGCCGUGGCCAUGGCCUUGACUCUCCUCUCAGGGCCAGCCACAGCCAUGCCCGAACCCUACCCACUGGCUGACCCUUCGCCGGCAGCCGGUCCCUACGCCACGGCUGACCCCCAUUAUCCCUAUGGGGGCUAUGGGUACGAUCACUACGGGUAUGGGCACCGCAGCUACUACGGAGGGUACGGACAUCGCCACUACUAUUACUGAGAUUACAAUGAUAAAAGACUGGAACAGA